UUUCUAGAAAUCUCUAGAGGUUCACAUUUGCUCCACUCGCAGAAACCCACCUGAAGUAAUUUAAUUUUGCCGGAUUGUAGGAAGAGUAUACAAGCCCAGUAGAAAGACUUUUGUCUCUGACGCGGUGGGCCCAUAUGUCGGUGUGAUGCUGAUAGCAGCGCAAGAGACUCGUUUGGAGUGACGAGUGAUGGAAGGAAGAUGGCGGCGCCAUGCGUGCCGAUGAAAUGCAUGCGUUUACGGCGACUUAACCACCACCUCCAUCUCCGAUUCACCUCCCUUUAUAAACCCCACGGCCACUUCCAUCUCCAGCAGGCAGCAGCCGAUCCGCCAUGGCCAUGUCGUCGUCCAAGAAGAGCUGCCUGCUACAAGCUCUUCUGAUGAUCUCGGCGCUCGCCGUGGCCGCCGCCGCCUCCUCCGGGCAGCCGUCGCCGGGAGCCUCCGCGCCGGCCAACCUGACCCUCCACAACCUGUGCCCGUACCCGGUGUGGCCGCUGGUGAUCGCGAACUCGGGCGUCCCGUCCCUCCCCACCGACGCCGACGGCGAGCCCGUGGGGCGGCUGGACGGCAACGGCGAGGGCCUGGCGACGCUAGCGUUCCCGGCGGGCGCGUGGUCGGGCCGCGUGGUGGCGCGCACGGGGUGCGCCGCCGACGAGGACGGCGACGAGGUGGUCGGGCGGUGCGCGACGGGCGACGCGCCGCCGGUGACGGUGGCGCAGGUGAGCGUGGGCGGGCCGGGCGGGCUGGCGGCGUACAGCGUGAGCCUGGUGGACGGGUUCAACGUGCCGGUGGUGGUGACGCCGCACGGGUUCGCCGAGGGCCGGCGGUGCCCCACGCUGGGCUGCGCCGCGGACCUCGCCGCCGGGUGCCCCGUCGGCGCCAGGGCGCCCGGCGGGGGGUGCGGCGCCGGCGCCCCGGCGGCGUUCAAGUCGCCGGCGUUCAUCGCGCUGGUGACCUUGCUGUGCGUGGCGGUGCUGCUGCUGCUGUACCACUGCGUGCUCGUAGCCUGCUGCUGCCGCGGCGGCGGCGCCGAGCGGAGGCGGCGCCGGCAGCACCACCACCGGCGCGGCGGCGCCGAGGGGGAGGAGGACGGCGACGAGGAGGAGGCGGGCGUGAGCGUGGAGGUGAGCGCGGCGACGUCGCGGACGCACCUGGUGGUGCAGGCGUCAGCGGCGGCGUCGUCGCCGGCUGUGGUGUGCCGGUACCGGAAGGAGGAGGCGUGGAAGGAGCCGACGUGCGCGGUGUGCCUGGCCGACUUCGACGACGGCGAGCCCGUCCGGGUGCUGCCGGAGUGCAUGCACUACUUCCACGCCGAGUGCAUCGGGACAUGGCUGCGGGGGAGCACCAGCUGCCCGAUGUGCCGCGCCGAGACCACGCCCACGCCGAGCCCGGCGUCGCUGCACCACCACCAUCGCCUCGAGCUAUCUGUCUCCCUCGAGGAGAUACUUGUACGCACGUAGCAAGCAGCUCCGGCGAGCUCUGCACUUAGGGGACAACCGGAGUAAGUCGGGUCAUGGCGGCCGUGCGGCGUGCCAAUCGCCGGAAGCGAGAGCGAUGGCAGAGCAGCGAGCGGAACAGAGUGCUGCCUGCUCGCUCUGUUUUCGUUUGCACUGGUAGAUAGAUAGACUGAAAGCAGAGCAGGAUAGAGUGUGGUGUGGUUUCAUACAUUUUUGGAGGGCGAAUUCAAAAUUUGCUGAGGGAUUUUUUUGCUUUUUUUUAGAUUUUGUGAUGUGAAAUUGGUUGACCAAAUAUACCUGCUGUCCAUGGAGCUAAUGCUUCUGUGUAACACGGAUUUUUUAGGGGUUGCGUGUAGACUAGUAGUGUACUAAUUUGUUCUUAUUUCCUUCUUUUUUGA